AAUAUGAACCAGAAAACCACCGAGUCCAGUCUUUUCAAUCUAUGAUUUCAGAAGCUUUCAACAAUAAUUAAUUCUCGAUCUAUUGCCUACACCAGUGAGUGUCGAACCAUCCACUCGAUUAGCUGCCCCUCUAAGCUCCCGUCUCAAAGUAAACAAAGGGCCCGGGGGUUCCAUCUGGCUAUAGCUUUCGACAGGGUCCGCUUCCCAGACAACCAUCCGUCUACCUUGACAUUCAUCCGCAUGACUUUUAAUAAACGACGACUCCAACUCAUCGCACACGCUUUUGUAUCUUGUUAAUAUUAUUCGAUUCACUCAGCACACGGCCUUUGCGCAUUGCUUUGAUUCCCAGGUCUCAGCAUCCAUCACCUUUGUUUAUUCCGUUGUCUCCUCUGCCCGAGCAGCGUGAAUCCAAACAACGUCGAGACAGUGCAUGACGUCAACUCACAAUGGCGGACGAAGGCGUUGCUGAGCAUUAUCAGGUCCUCGAGGAACUUGGCCGUGGCAGUUUUGGCGUUGUCUACAAAGGCAUUGAGAAAGCAACUGGCGAAACGGUCGCUAUCAAACAUAUCGACCUUGAAUCCAACGAUGAUGAUAUCCAAGAUAUCCAAGCCGAAAUCGCUGUUCUGAGCACUUGCGCCAGUUCUUACGUUACUCAGUACAAAGGCUCUUUUUUGCGAGGCCAUAAGUUAUGGAUUGUCAUGGAGUAUCUCGGCGGCGGAUCUUGUUUGGACCUGCUGAAACCCGCCAACUUCAGCGAAACGCACAUUGCCAUUGUUUGUCGCGAACUGCUACUCGGCAUCCAAUACCUUCACAAUGAAGGCAAGAUCCACAGAGAUAUCAAGGCCGCCAACGUUCUCUUAUCCGAGACCGGCAAAGUCAAGCUUGCCGACUUUGGAGUUGCAGCCCAAUUGACCAACAUCAAAUCGCAGCGAAACACCUUUGUCGGAACACCUUUCUGGAUGGCCCCGGAGGUGAUUCAGCAAGAUGGCUACAGCUUCAAGGCCGACAUUUGGUCUCUAGGUAUCACAGCUAUGGAGAUGGCCAACGGCGAACCUCCCUUGUGUCACAUCCACCCCAUGAAGGUCCUCUUUCACAUCCCGAAAAACCCGGCUCCUCGUCUUGAGGGCAACUUUAGCAAAGACUUCAAGGACUUCAUUGCACAGUGCCUCACCAAGGACUACGACCGUCGGCCAUCCGCAAAAGACCUACUACGCCACCGUUUCAUCCGUAAUGCGGGCAAGGUGGAGGCUCUGCAGGAACUUAUUGCCCGUCGACAGAUGUGGGAUGCCAACCAAAACAGACAGAAGCAUCCCAUUUACUAUCAAGAGACCCUUCAGACCAUGACUCCUAAGGAUGAGCAGCAGGAAUGGGUCUUUGACACAGUAAAGUCUGUCGCACCACCUCCCAAGAGGCCGACGAUCAAGCAGCACCGAAAGCCCUCAUCCAUCUGGAAUGCCGAAGAGGCAAUGAAGAAGCUGGACGUCAAGGAUGGUCCUCUUGGAGGAACUUCUCCCGCCCCAGGUACUGUCAGAAAGUCAACGGUCCGACGAGCACCGUCUGUCGCUCAAGAAACAUCAAUACGGCCUGGUUCUCCCCGUGGUUCCAUCGCUCCUAAGAGACCUCUCCAACCAGACAUGUCGUUUGGCAAUUCUGGAUCGACUAUGCGUCUUUUCAGAAGAGUCCCUUCAGAUGGUUCAAAUGGGAGUCAAGGGAACCGGCCAGUCUCCCCCGACGAUGUCUUCUGUGACGAGAACCUUCCCCGUCCUACCACAUCCCCCGUUGAACCGUAUGGCAAAGAGGCUGUACUGGGGAGACGCUUGUACAACAAAGCUGUGGAACCUUCUCUGGCCGAGCUGCACGCUCAAACUUGUGCGAUGCAGAAGCGAGAAGCGCUGGCUAAGUUAUCUGAUGCUUUCGCAGCCUUGGACGCAGUUGAUCCUGAGGGGGCCUAUCACCUUGUGACGAGCAUGGUAUCAUCAAUCUCUCAAGAUAACAAGCUCAGCGCUACGAUACUCCGACAGCCUGCGCAGAAGAUUCCUGGUGACGGCACCCCGCAGGGUACUGUGAUUGUCAAGAACAACACCCCUGCGUCGAGUCCAACUAAACUUGUCAUGGCUUCAAACAAUCCUCAUUUGCGCAGUCAUCGACGCCGUCAUGCUGAUACUCCCACAAUGUAUGAGAAGAACUUUGACCCUGAGAAGUUGGCCACUGAGAACAAAUACCCUGGCCAAGAGGCCAGAUCUGGCAUGGAGCAUUGCAAACAGUUAUCCGACGUGCUCUACUCACGUUGGGUAGACGGUCUUCGAAUUCGUUGGCCUGCUGUCUGAUUAUCAGGCGUACUUGGCAGAGAUGAAUGAUUUAACAGGACGGCACUGCGCCUUAUAUGCUGUACGAUUCGUAUGCAGUUUCUUUUGCUACUCAUUUUGCAUUGUUUGCCUUCCGGAUGGAAGAUAAAAGCGAGUCUUGGAGGAGCUUAUUGGCAGUCGUAUUUUCAUCAGCAUUUGACGACCCCAGUCUAGCAUGACGCUCACGAUAUAACGAUAUGUCGCGGAUGAUCUCAUUGACGUGGUCUACUAGUUUGAUUUUCCUGUUUUCCUGCGAGGUGCGUGGGGCGUUGUAAGGAUUGCAUUUAAGAUCAUGGAUGGUACGGAGGCUACUCUUGUUUUAAUUUUUCAUUGCAUUGCAGCUGUUUCGAUAUCGGCAGGUAGACAAUUAGAUACAGGCACAGCCCAGACUUGUUAAUUGAGUACAGUAAGAAUCUGAGUAUAGUGCAGCCA